UCUUCUCUCUCGCUUCUUUUCCCCCCCGCGCUGAAUCCCUUUCACCGGUCCAUGGCUCUCAAAGUGAAAAGCAAGAUGGCAUCACCGGGAACUAUUUCGCUGACCGCGGGCUCCUCACCCUCGCUCCUAAUAACGAUAGGAACUCCUUUACCUUUACGCUUACCUUCACCUUUACUCUACCUUCACCUUUUCUCUUACCUUCACCUUCACCUUUAACUCUCACUCUCACUCUCACUCUCACCCUCACCUUCACCGUUCAUCGAUCUCUUCACCUCACCAA